AUGGCGUUGAAAUCCAUGGAUUUAAUCAUGUUCUUGACGUUGUCUAUUUUUACUUUGCUCUCUACUCAAACCAUUAAUGGUUUCAGGGUUGAACUCAUCCACCCUAACUCUCUUUCAAACCCUAAUCGCAACCCUUCCACCAAUCAAUUUCAUUGGAUCCGGCAGGCGUAUAACAACACUCGAUCACGCGCCGCCUCUAUCCAAAGUCGCCUCGGCGGCGGUUCAGCCAAAUUCAAGACCGAUAUAAAGUCAGAUGGGGGAGGGUACGUCAUGAAGUACUCGAUAGGUACGCCGCCAUUUGAAACCUACGGCAUCGCCGAUACAGGUAGUGACGUCACCUGGACUCAAUGCAAACCAUGCAUUGAGUGCUUCCGGCAAAGCUUGCCCGUAUUUGAUCCGAAGAACAGCAAGUCGUACAAGACGGCCUCAUGUGACUCAGAUGCAUGUGCUCUUGUCGGCUCUAGCGUUGGUUCCUGUUCCGACCAAGACAUUUGCCAGUACCAGUUAGCCUACGGUGACAGUUCCCAAAGCAUUGGCGACGUGGCGACCGAUACUCUCACCAUCGGCGAUGCUUCCUUUAAUAAUGUGGUGUUCGGGUGCGGGCACGAAAAUAGUGGUACAUUCUCGGGGAACGCCUCCGGCAUUGUUGGUCUCGGAAAUUCCGACAUCUCAAUCGUCAAACAAUUGGAUAAAGAUGUCGGCGGAAAAUUCGCUUAUUGUCUGUCUUCUCAGUCUGAUUCCAAAAGCCAUAUAAGUUUCGGCACAGACGCCAUAGUUAAUGGUCCUGGUGCCGUUUCAACUCCCUUCUCCAUAAGACCUGACCAACCUACAUUUUACUAUCUCUCCCUAGAAAGCAUUAGCGUUGGCGACCAAAGCUUCCCAUUGAAGCAAUCUUUCUCUUCUAACGUUUGUGGUCGGCGCGCGGGCGCUAAGAAGACCUCGUCAAAUGGCAACAUUAUCAUUGAUUCAGGAACGACGCUGACACUCAUCCCAUCCGAUACAUUUGAUAAUUUGAAAUCGGAAUUGACGAAACAGAUCUCCGCAACUCCGAUAGAGGAUCCUCAAGGCUUAUUCGAUCUAUGCUACUCGACAAGUGAUAAAAUUGAGGUGCCAAAAAUCGUUGCACAUUUCUCCGGUGCCGAUGUAGAGUUAUCACCUCGAGGAUCAUUCCAAGAAAUAGAAGAAGGUAUUUCUUGUUUCACUAUAAUUCCAGAUACAGAGAUAGGUAUCGCCAUCUUCGGCAACCUGUCCGAGGUAGAUUACCUUGUUGGAUAUGAUUUAGAGGCGCAAACGGUCACCUUCAAGCCUACUGAUUGCUCCAAAUUUUAA